UUUGCUCGUAAGAAAUAGUGUUAACAGGCGUCGUUCAAUUUGGAUAGUUAUCACCCGUGAGGAGCAAGCUUUCCUUCGUAAGAAUACCGUGGCGCAGAAGGAUUUGCAUGUGUUUACAAAAUUGAAUAAUUUAUCGAAGCAGAUCUUGAGUAUGAUGGUCAGGAGAAGGAAGGGAGUGAUGCAAAGAACGUUGGGUGAAGUGUUAAAUAUGAAUAGCGACCCGUGAGAAUGCUCACACGUUCAUCUAGUAGGUGACAUACAGCUAUGUAAGGACAGGGCAGGACAGUAGCAGGAUUAGGACCAGGCGCCCUCUGUGAGAUAUAAGCGUCACUUCUUACGAGAACAAGAAACUACAUCCGCCUGUCGAAGGAUACGGUACAAGUGAGAUAUUAUUGCUGAGACAGUAGUAGACAGUUAUUUUUAUUUGCAUUUUGAGAUGAAACUCUGUUGUAUUUGCGAGAAAUCAGACUCAGUUUAUAAGUGUCCUACGUGCACGCAACCAUAUUGCUCAGCGGUUUGUUGUAAGGAACAUAAAACGAUAGGAUGUCAUCCGUCAUUGGAAGUUAGAGAGAAUGAAUCGCAAGUAGAAAUACCACAGAGGGUGUAUGACUUUCCAACUGAAGAUACUGUACCGCCAGAGAAACUUGACCAACUUCGUUACAGCGAGCAGCUUAAAGAUAGUCUCAAGAAUCCACACGUUCGACAAAUCAUGACGUCUAUUCUGAAUGAUCCAAAUCCUACAAAAGCUAUUGCUCUUGCUAUGACUGAACCAAUAUUCAUCGAGAUGGCUGAUGCUUGUCUCAGAGUUGUAGAACCUCCGGUUGAUAAUAAGCCGUGUUAACAUAAUCAAUAACCUAAUUUUUAUAUACAUUAUAGUAUAUUUAUAACUACAGUGAAACUUAUAAAGCCUGAUGCAAACAACAACCAGUAUAUCAGCUUAUAUAUAAUCAAUUUAUUAAGGAAGAA